GGGGCAGGGCUUCCGGUAUCCCCACCCACCCUCUGUUCUCUCCCAUCUAAUGAUGUUACUUAAGUUGUGAUGACGUCAUCUGAGGCCUCACACCACCAUUGAUGGCUGCCUUCCUUCUCUGACCACUCCCCCUCUCCUCACUUGGUAGGGAUGGUCUUUCUCCAUGCCCAAACAGCCUCCCUGCCCCGCCCUGGCGAUGAACACCAUCCCAGAAUAUUCUCGCCCUGUGGGGUGAUCCCUAUGAUGUCACCCGCCAGACCGCCCCUGAAGGAAGACCAUGGCGACCCCGCGGCGUCCUGGACAUUUCCUGCUGACGCUGAUGAUGACAACGAUGAUGACUUUGCGGGUUCAAGCAGGAGACGGAGACUUCGACCUCGCCGACGCCCUGGAGGACCCAGAUCCUACGUCAGCAACUUCAGGUGGCGGCCUCUACCCAAAGCUUCCGCAGGACCGGCCACUGGGAGAUGGAGGAAAUAUCUACCCGCAACCUCGGCCACGUCCACGUCCACAGCCACGCCCACAGCCACGCCCACACCCCGGGGAUGCAGAUGGCACCUUCGGAGUGGAUGGUGGGAUGUUGUGGUUCCCAUGCAAUGGCACCCAGCCCCAUGUGUACCCAGGUGGUUUGUGCGUGGCCUUCCUGCUGACCCCUGCCCUCUGCAUCUCCUGACAGGAAGUGGAGGCCAUGGUGGAGAAAUAGGAGGAGCUGCCCAGGGUGAUACCCAGGGGAACCCCGUGGCUGCCAUCGUGUCACCCGUCGUUUCCGUGGUUGUGCUUGCCCUGCUUGGUGCUGGUGUCAGCUACUUCCGGUCUGGCCGGGGUGGGUGCCUGCGCUCACGUGGGAGAGACACGGAGGCCGGAUUGUGACAUCCCUGGAGUGUCCACCUGCUGUCAUCCACUUCCUGUCUCGUGAGGUCAUCACUGUCACCCACUUCCUGUUCACCUGGAAAUAAAUGUUUGUCCCGGCUCCUCCCA